AUGGCGAGUGUAUGUCAUAAAGCUGAAGCGUGGUUAAACAUUUCUACAGCACGUGAAGGCUUUCCUUCUUUUUUUUCUCUAGGCCUCGUGAACGAAAACCAUAACCACAAGAACAAAGCCUAAAAGCUACUGCUCAGUGUCAGAGGACACACAAAUGCAGCUUUUUUAUUUAAUUUUUCUUUUUAAUUUUUAGAGGACUAGGAGCCAGGUAACCUACAUUUUGCUGAAUAAAUACUAUGAUUUAAAAACGGAAGUACAGAAUCUGAACGGGGAAGCAGAUGAGUGCAGUUAUUUUGGUCACAACGGCUGUCAGUGAACUGAGACAACUUUUACACCGUCAGUGUUGCACUGUAGAUGUAUUUAAAUACAGACUGCAAAGAAGAGAAGCUAAAGAAGAGGGCUGAUUUCCUCGGGAUCUGCUGCGUCUGCGAACCAGAUCACCUUUGAAAAGAUCUUUUGAAAAUCUUCAGAAAUUUCUGAGCGCGAGGACUUUGUAGAAGGUGUGCGCGAUGCUCCACGCGGUCGCUCCUGGCUCUGACCUCUACCUUCUGCCUAUACGGGUGAUUUAGAGGCACAAGAAACAAGCUGUCAAAGGUAAAAAUUAUGAUCAAAGGAAAGGCACGCUUGGCUAUAUCAUCGGUGUCACUGUGAGGGAAAAAGAAAUAUGGUCACCAAUAUGACUGAAUGCAACUACAAUGAAACGGUCUGGAAUCAGAAAAUGGACGUGAUAUACACCUACUUCUACCUGAUUCUCUUCAUACCCGGGCUGCUGCUCAACACCACUGCACUCUGGGUCCUCCUCAGAUACAUCAGCAAGAAGACCAAGGCGGUGAUCUUCAUGAUAAACCUGGCGAUCGCAGACCUGGCCCACAUCCUCUCUCUGCCCCUCAGGAUCUAUUAUUAUUUCACGCACACCUGGCCCUUUGGACGCGGUCUCUGCUUGUUCUGCUUCUACCUGAAAUAUCUCAACAUGUACGCCGCUAUAAUGUUCCUGGUGUGCAUCAGCAUGCAGAGGUGUCUGUUCCUGCAGAAGCCGUUCACGGCUCGAAGGUGGCGGCGUCGCUAUGACCUGCUGAUCAGCUUUGUAGUGUGGGUUGUGGUUGGUCUGAGCUGCUCUCCCUUUAUCCUGAUGCGGAGUAGCAACAACAGUAGCAAAAAUGAAGUGGCAUUAAACAGCACCCAUGCCCAGUUUCCCUUAGGUGUCACCAAACAGAGUUUAGACUCCAACGCCACUUCGGCGGGCUGUUUUAAAGACUUGCCCAUGCGCCAUCCUCCUCUCUCGUUGACGAUCACCAUGCUGGUCUUUCUUGAGGCGUGUGGUUUCCUAAUCCCUCUAGCAUGCAUGUCAUACAGCACCGUCCGCAUCUUCUGGUCACUCAAGGAGAAGCAGAUCCAGGAUCAGCACAACUCCUUCAACUCCUCAGCACGCAGCCGCCUCCACUCAGUCACCUCCAACUGCCAGGCGGAGAAACCGAAUGAAAAGCACACAAAUGGCGAGAAGCGGCGUGCUCUGCGGAUGGUGGUGGGCUGCUUCAUUCUCUUUUUGUUCUGCUUCGCUCCGUACCACCUCAACUUCGCGCUCUACCUGAUGGUGAAGCAGAGUAUCGUGUCCAGCUGCACCGUCAGAAGGGUGGUGCUCCAGUUUCACCCAGUGUCUCUGUGCAUGGCGGGCCUGAGCUGCUGCUUCAACCCCAUCCUUUAUUACUUUCUUACAGCCGAGUUUAGGAUGCACCUCAAAAGGCGCACCUCCUCCUUCUCGUCCUCCAUCUCCUCCCCAACCACAUCACCGACCCAGUGUCCUCUGCAGAGCAGACUCAUGAGCACCUCCUCAUACAGGGAGUAGCAUUGCUCAGAGGAAAAGUCCAUGAAGGAUUCUGUUGAACUUUAAAGCCGACUGACACCGGGUCCAAGCUGGAUAUGAUCAGCUGACAUGUUGCAGCUGUCUGAACACAAACAACCCAAAAGACAUUGACCUGAGUUGUGUGAAGCCCGCCUCCUCUAAAGCAAGCAGAAAACACCCUCCAACAUGCAGUAUCGUAAACGCUGCCCAAUGUUUCAGUUUGUGUGUAUAAAACUUGAUAUAAGCUAUGUAAUAAAAGCUGUAUGUGAAAUGCACUCCCAUUAAAAGCUUUAAGUCUCA